AUGUCAUCAGUUAAUGGUUUAUCUGUUGGCAUUGAUCUGAACAAUCUUGUUGGUGUUUUCCAGCACAGAAAAUUGGAAAUCAUCACCAAUGAUUAUGGUAACGAUUGCCAGCAAUGUGGCCUUUAUGGACAAAGACUCAUCGGAGAUGCUGCCGUGGUCCUGACCAACACAAACUUGGAUGCCAAACGGCUCAUUGGGAGAAAGUUUGAUGAUCAGAUGGUCCAGUCUGACAUAAAAUUCUGGCCUUUCAAGGUGAUAAAUGACAAUGGGAAGCCUAACGUCCAGGUGGAAUAUAAGUACGAAAGGGAGACUAAGGGUACUGAGGAGAUUUCUUCAGUGGUUCUGGUUAAAAUGAGCGAGAUUGCUGAGGCCUUUCUGGGACAGAAUGUAUUGAAUGCAGCAGUGUCAGCUUAUGUCAAUGACUUGCAAAGAGUCACCAAGGAUGCUGAAGUGACCUCAAUGAACUCAGCAGCAGCCAUUGCCUACGGCCUGGAUAGGGGAAAAAGAGUGUGUAAUGUGCUCAUUUUUUAUCUUGAUGGAGAAAACUUGUCCGUUCUGACCAUUGAAGGUGGCAUAUUUGAAGGGAAAGCCACAGUAGGGGACACGUACCUUGUGUGUGUGGAGGGGUGUGGGGGCUUUGACAAUCAAAUGGUCAAUCACUUUGUUGAACAUGAGGCUUUGAAAGGAAACAUUAGUGAAGAGGAUAAAAAGAUGAUCAUCGACAAGUACCAGACGAUUUCUUGGCUGGACAACAAUCAAGCUGAAAAGGAUGAGAAUGAGCAUCAGCAAAACAAACUAUAG